UUCACACCCCCUCCUCUUCUCUCUCUCUCUCUCCCUAGAAAAGAAAAGACUCCAAAUUCCAAACAAAAACUAAACAAACCAGGGUUCCUCCCAAAAAUCAACAACAUCAACCCAAAAACAAAAACGAAGAACUAGAACCCUGCAAUCGCGGACAUUAAAUCCCCACCGUCGAAUCCCCUUGCCGGCGGCCGAAAAUCAACAAGGAUGAUCCACACCCUGACGUACUACCUCUCGGAGCACCCUUCGAUCGUCAACUUCCGGUGGAGCCACACCCAAUCCUACGGCUCCACCUGGUCCUUCCUCUUCACCUCCAUCUCUCUCUACCUCCUCCUCUCCCUCUCUCUCCACCUCCUCCUCUCUCUCCUCCCCCGCACCAAGCCCGUCCCCCUCGGCCCCAUCCCCGCCCUCCACUCCCUCUCCAUGUCCCUCCUCUCCGCCACCAUCUUCGCCGGCACCCUCCUCUCCGCCGCCGCCGAGAUCCGCGACACCCGCUGGCUCUUCACCCGCCGCACCAAGACGACCCCGUUCCAGUGGCUCCUCUGCUUCCCCCUCGGCACCCGCCCCUCGGGCCGCGUCUUCUUCUGGUCCUACGCCUUCUACCUCUCCCGCUUCCUCCACACCUUCCGGACCUACUUCACCAUCCUGCGCCGCCGCGACCUCUCCUUCUUCCGCCUCUUCAACCACUCCAUCCUCAUCCUCAUGUCCUUCCUCUGGCUCGAAUUCUCCCAGUCCUUCCAGGUCCUCGCCAUCCUCCUCGCCACCUCCGUCUACGCCGUCGUCUACGGGUACCGCUUCUGGACCGCCAUCGGGCUCCCCGGCGCGUGCUUCCCCUUCGUGGUCAGCUGCCAGAUCCUACUUCUAAGCUGCAACAUUAUGUGCCACGUUGGGGUCUUGUUGAUGCACUUUUUGAAAGGGGGGUGCAAUGGGAUCGGGGCAUGGGGGCUGAAUUCGGUGCUCAACGCUGCGAUCCUGUUUCUGUCUCUGAAUUUCUACGUGAAGAUGCAUUUGAGGAAGAGAGGAAAAAAGGGUGGGGAGGUUGGUGCGAUCAAGACGGCGGAGAUAGACGUGGUCAGAGAUAAGAAGGAUAUUUGAACGGUGGGUGGGUUUUACUUACUUUUUUUAUUUUCUUUGAAUUUUGGUUUUUCUGACCGGAACUGUUAAUUUAUUAGGGGGCAAUAAUGAGGAGACUCCCCUUUCGGAAAAUUGUAGAAUUGUGCUCCUAUCAAUCGGUAUAUAUAUAUAUAUAUAUAUAUACACACAUUUAUAUACAUAUGGAUGGUGAAUAGAGAAAUUUGAUGAGAGAGUUCCAUGUUAGUUA